AUGCAGCCGAGGUUGCUGCGCUUCUGGUCAUUGCUCGUUGGGGAACUUGGCGCUGUGGCAAUCAGCAGAGGUGCGGCGCUUCUCCUAGCGCGAGAAGAUGAGGCCUUCGAGGCUGCUAUGGAGGCUUUGCAAUUGAGCCGAAGGGUCGGCUACCGACGAGGUGAAGCUACUGCGCUUCAGGUCUUGGCCGAGCUCGCAGGGCCAGAGGCUGCGCUGCAGCUGUGCUCAGAAGCUGGCCGUCUGUUUUGUGAUCUGGAAGAACGUCGAGCAGUGGGCUCCUUGUUGAGCACGAUGUCCUCGGCUCACUUGCAGUUGAGCUCGUCAGAGGAGGCUUUGGCAGCUGCCAGAGAUAGCUUAGCCACCCUGCGGGAAGAAGGUUUCUACAGGUUUCUACAGGUUUCUACAGGUUUCUACAGGUUUCUACAGGUUUCUACAGUUAACAAGCGGAUGUUUUUUCAGUACUCGAUUUUGACCCCUGACAUCGCCACCAAUUUGGACAAACUGCAGCGCUCUUUUCGAAGCGUUCCGUCCAGCGUCCAGCGCCGCACUGUAGUGAUGUCGCGAAGCAACGGACGGCCUCGGAGGGUGGAAGACUGGUUUCGCUUGGUGCCCAACUUGCUGGAUGAUGCAGGAUGGGACUUCAAAGUCUACGAACCGCAGACCAACCUGUCGCACGCUGCUUGCCCCUGGGGCGGCCGACUGGUGAAAGUGAUCUUGUCGAAGUUCGAAGUGCGUCACCCGCCUGAACAGAUGAACUGCAUGCUGGUGCGGCCCGAGCUCUUCGGCACCGGGCCGUCAGUGCUGGCACCUGGUGAGGUUGUCCUGCGACGUCCACGAAGGGCUUGGGGGAUCAACGACACCUCAGUACUUUUCGAGGAGAUGGCAGGAUCCUGUGAGUGCCGAAUGAGCCCGUUGAGGUUGGAACCGAUGGUCACCCAUCAGCGCUUUCGACGGGACUAUCCAUCCGAAGGAGACUCAGCCUACGCGGUCUUCAACGAAGGUGACGAUCCGCAAGAAGGCAUGCUGCUGUGUUGCUGGCGUGGCCCCGGAGUCUCCGGAGUUUUGGUGGAUGUGGUGAAGAUCUUCUGCAUCCCGGAAGAGACGUUUUGCAGUUGGAGCGACCUCCAUUUCCAGUUGAUCUUGGACUCUAUGCGGCGUGCAUGUCACCUCAUGCUCAACGGACCCGCCUGCGGAGAGCUGCGGGUGAUGGAUGAACGUCUCUACAUUGUGCUGACCAUUCAGAGCUGUAAACGUGGGUUGCCGCUCUACCCUUUGAAGGAGGGAUCCAAGCAGGAUCCAACGGUGGUGAUUUCAGCAGGACAGCACUUGCAACUGCAAAGGUGGCGGCGCUUCCAAACCAACCCGGUCACCGGUGAGAAGUUCCGUUUGUCGAAGUACCUGGCGCAGUUCUUAGCGAAUCUCGAAAAGGACCUAGCGGUCUACGAGACGUUGGAUGGUCGGAGUCUGGUGCCCUACCAAUGCGCGGUAUCCCGACACGCCUGGAACCAGAUCCGCGAGCACUUCAUUGCCUGUUUUCUGGUGGGAAAGACGGCCUACCGCCGUGCCAAUGGUGGAUCCACUGCGCCCACGCUGCACGAAGUUGUCGAACCGCGAUUCCUGCACCGUUUCCAAGAGCCGCCACCUGUGGUGCGGGCGCAAGGGUGUCAGCAAGGCAGCUUUCGGAUGGUGGUCAGGAACACCUUUGUGGAAGUGGAAGAGCAUUCUGAGGAAGAGCAGGUCCAUGGGGUCUGUCGCCGCAGACGUCGACCAAAGACCACCACCGUACUCCCAACGGCCACUACCGUGCUGGCGAAUUGAGGACAAUUGCUGGAGUAGUUUGCUGCACGAACGUGCGAGCCUGGAUUUCUGAUGCCAUAAUGCUCUGCCUGAACAAACCAACU